CGAUAUCGUCCCCUGCCACCCUUUCUACCUCUUCCACACACACCCCCACACAAAGCCAUUAAUAUGGCUUCUCUUCCACCUCAGCGACCGGCUUCGUCGCAGCGAAGACCAGCCUCUCCACCUGCUGACUCCUCACAUCGACCCGAACAAAUACAACGCACAAACAGUCUUUCUACCUCUGUCGACUCCCAAACACUCCUACUCAACUCGCCACCCUCAUAUUCUUCUCCCAAUCCUGUAAAUGCCGCCCAGGAUAAGACACACACACAAGCGCCCUCCUCCCAACCACCGCAAUCGGAUGAUGACGAACCCCGUCGGUGUUGGAUCUGCUUCACGGAUGAGACUGAAGAUGAGGAUGAUACUUCCGAGUGGCGAUCGCCUUGCCCUUGUGUCUUAGUAGCACACGAGAGAUGCCUGCUAGAUUGGGUCGCAGAUAUGGAACAGCCAAGCGCAAGGCGGCGUGCGGGGGAGAAUGCGGGAAAGAUCUUGUGUCCUCAGUGCAAGAACGAGAUACGGCUUGAGCGACCGCGGAGCCUCGCGGUGGACGCUGUGAGGCUUGCGGAUAGACUUUCUAACAAUCUUUUGUUCCCUGGCCUAAUCUUCGUGGUCGGAGCCGCAACCUACACGGGUUUAGCACUAGCCGGCGAGCAUACAAUUUACCAAAUCUUUGGUCCCGAGGAUGGCGCGCAUAUACUCGCGCCGCUGUACCAACCGCCAGCUCCGGAGGAUUCCUCCGCCUUGACGCGAGUGAUCAAUCAUGUGCGCCAUAACUGGAGGCUGGAUGUCGGUCUCCCAGUCAUACCGGCUGUUCUUAUUGCGAGCAGGACCACCAUUGCUGAUUCCGUGCUGCCUUUUCUACCUCUUGUAUUCUUCGCAAGCUCCAGUGCUGGCGGAGACGAUUUGCUCCAGCUCUCGUGGCCGCCGAGCGCUGCCUUCACUGUGGCUGCACUCCCUUAUCUGCGCGGUAUAUAUAAUACGUACUACCAGCGCGUAUGGGCUCCGCAUGAACAGCGCUGGCUGAAGGAGGUCCAGCCUCGUGCAGGCACAGAGGAUGAACAAGCAGCGAAUCACGAACAUGACCACAACGAUGCCAUCCUCGAUGCCCUUGCCGAUGGUGAAGACGAUGACGAUGACGCCGACGAAGGAGAUAACGUUGACAUGAACUUUGAAAUCGACUUUGAAAUCCUAGGCGACUGGAACAAUAAUGGUGGAGACCACCCACCAGCACCACCACCAGCAGAUCUCCCAGCUGCCCAGCCCCCUGUCGGACAGCAUGGCCCGGAGCAUCACCCCGUGGAAAACAACGACAACAACGAUGCCGAUCAAGAAGCUGCGGCACCCGCUCCGCAAAUCCCCCUCAACCCUAACAACGAACCUCGCCAACCCAAUCACGAACCCCGCCGCCAACGCGUCCGCCGCGAGCGCGUCAUCGGUUUCUCGCCCCUCAGUCUCGCCGACACCGUUCUAGGCGCUCUCCUCUUCCCAUCCAUAGCAGCCGCCGUUGGCGAAGCCCUCAAACACGCCCUUCCUAAAUCCUGGGUCACGCCCCCUUCAUUUGGUAAACCCACCGGCUUUUUGCAGAAUCGCUGGGGUAGGAGUAUUCUGGGUGGAUGUUUGUUCGUCGGGGUCAAGGAUGCGGUCAUGCUCUAUGUGAGAUGGAGGAUUUUGCAAAAUCAUCGACAGAGGAGGGUAUUGGAUUAUGAUGGUGGGAAGGGAAAGGGGAAAGGGAAAGGAGGGAAGCAGGCUGUCAGGGUGUAGUCUCCUUUUUUUAGGGACACGAUUGAUGUUUUGGAUGGAGUAUUCAUGGCUUUUGUGCGCAGCAAGUCCUAUCGUGACGGGAUUUUAUAGCGGGUUUGAUGCAGUAGCAACGGGGCCUGGCGAACGCCUUAGCUCGUCUCGCAAGCGCACU